AUGCUCGUGGAUAGCAUCCGACACUGGUGCGCCCUUUGCCGGUUCCACUACGAGCCAGGAGACGAGCUCGUAGUCUUGAACCGGUACGAUCGCCUCACUAAGAAAUUCAAGUAUCACGACAAACUCAUGAUACCGCCCCUCGGCCAACAUGGUGCUGAUGACUACAUAUAUCGACCUAACUUGUCCGACGCACCCCUCAGGGGCGGUGAGUUCGUGGCCACGGGCUUACACGUGGGUUGCCUUGCUCUCGUUGAUCGAUUUCCGUAUCAACUCUCAGAGACCCUCCAAGCGGUUGCGUAUGAAUACGUGCCAUCGUUGGCCGAAAUCGAACGCCGCCGCCGCUGGAUGCGAUUUAAAUUUACCCAAGACUUGACCAGCAGCAUCCCAAAACUGGUUGGGGACAUUCUCUACAAUGUCGUUCCCCAUUGCUUGCCCUCGCUGACCUUGGCCUAUCUCCAAUCUGCCGCCCAGUCACUUGACAAACCACCAGGCCGAAUCUCAGUCCGGGCCUCGCGUGACAUUUGGGUCCAGCGAGUCAUGUUUGAGGGCCUUGAUUACAUCGGGGCCGUGUCAAACACAUCUCCUCCCGAGGAGGAGAAGACCAAACGCGGCCAUGCCCAACUCAAGCGACCGGUGGGCCGCAUGGACAUGGUGUAUGUCGCACAUGACCACAUCGGCAUCAGAAAGAUCUUCUUGUGGGACUCUACGAAAGUUCUGGAGAUGCCUCGAUGCCCGGGUCUCUGGUGGGUGGCCAUACCAGUGGGCAAGGGCGGCUCGCUCCAUUGUUUCACUGACGGCGUGAAACUACGAAAGGUGACAUGCACCAGCUUCAUGAACGGCUCUGCGUCAAAGCCGUGUGACAAGCGCUGGGCUGUCCCCCAGUCCCCCAGGAAUAACUUCCGCUGGGUGCAGAUCCAUCAAGCCACACCUGCAAUCUCCCGAAUGGACUUUUUCCAGUGUAACCAUCCUGACAUCCAGGCAUACUCGGCAGCUUGGGACGAUGGCCGCCUCCUGACACUUCACGCCCACACCAGCGCGGCGGGCGAUUUCGACGCGUACAGAACGCGGGUAGAGCAGCACAACCCGAAGGUGUUCUGGUUCUACAUGCCCAUGGAUCCGGGCGAGCUCAUCGCCGAGAUAUGGGCGCACGCGGAAACUAAGACUAGGUUCCCAUCAUACAUUGUCAUCAUGAAGACAACCAGAGGCCGCAUUUGGGCAAUCGGACCACAGCCUCGAACCAUAAAAAUUCCCGAGUGGCGUCUCUUGGACCGGCCGAGGAAAACCCCAAGCCGCAUCUUCUUCGAAGAGAACUGGAUCGGUUCUACCAAGAUGGCCUUUGAGACUCCGGAACCGGUAAAAAUCGGGGCCUACUAUCCGGUGGUAAUCCCACGGUCGCCCUAUCCCCGCCUCACAAAAGAGCAGCUGGCCAUUGAAGUUGCAGUCGAGUCGAAGUGCAUCUUCAAUGCCCAAGAGCGGCCAAAGGUGAAAGAGGAUCGUAUAAUGGAGCGCGAAUACUUCUACUCCUCGGCCCCGUUGACCGGGGUAGUCAGAGUACUCCCCUGCCGAUCCAGCUGCAACGGUGAGUCGGCCAUCGUUGGUCUGCUUCUGCAGUACAAGGAUGGCCGUCGACGGACCGUCGGACGCGUCCAGCUCAACAGCCUUGAUCCGGCGAUUGAAGUUGACAGCUCGACGGAAAGGAUCAUGUAUCGGCUCUCCAAGGACAAACGGAUGAUGCUUCAGGUGAAGGCUUUCGAGCAUGAUCCGGGGUCCGAAUGGACUGCUGUGCCACAGUCGGGUAAUUUGGGUUGGUGGUUGAUGUCGAGAUGGAGCAUCAUGUGUGACGUGUUUCACGAAUCGGACUAG